AUGUCCGUUUACGUUAUCACUGGAGUGUCAAAGGGAAUCGGGUUCGAACUGGUCAAGCAGAUCUCUAGUGAUCCGAAUAACCUGGUCAUUGGUCUGGUCCGCGACAAGGCUGCGACUGAGAAGAAAGUGGCAACAGAACUGGGCAAACGUCCCAAUGUCCACAUUCUCCAUGCGGAUCUCAUCAGCUAUGCCAGCCUAAAGAAAGCAGCUACCGAGACUGGCAAGAUUCUUGGGGAUCGUGGGGUUGACUAUCUGGUUGCAAAUGGAGCUUUUCCAUCCCACUUCGACGCUUAUGAUCCCAUCGGUGCAUUGCGUGACAAGGUUGAGGAACUUGAGGAUGUCUCAUCGAAACUAUUCCAGACGAACGUCGUUGGGAAUAUCCACCUGUUCAACCUCUUCCUCCCUUUCGUCUUGAAGGCUAAGACCAAGAAAGUCAUCGCUAUCUCCAGUGGCCAUGCUGACCUCGAUCUGAUCAACAAUUUCGAGAUCGAGACAAGUACUCUAUACGCUGCCUCCAAGGCGGCCAUGAACGUCAUUGUUGCCAAAUUCAAUGCGCAGUAUAAGAAGGACGGUGUGCUCUUCGUCAGUAUGAGCCCAGGAGUGGUCGAGGUGGGCCAAUUCGCGAACUCAACUCCAGAACAGAUCCAGAGUUUGAUGGGGUUCAUGACCAAGAUUGCGGCAUAUGCUCCUGACUUCAAGGGUGCAACUCCAGUAGAAGAAGCCAUCCCAAUCAUGCGAUCAACCUGGGAGAAAAUCACUAUCGAAGAUGGUUAUGGUGGUGCAUUCAUUUCGCAAUUCGGAAACAAGCAGUGGAUAUAA